CUUACACAUAUAGAAGCACACCUUUCCUUCAACUUGCAAGCUUCCACAACUAAAUAGAAGCUCCAUAGAGAGAGGGGGGCAAUCAGCAACAUCUUCCAAGAUCCAAAAAGGUUGAUAGAUAAGGAAAAGAAGCAGGGAAAUGAAUAAUCUUGCACCAGGCUAUCGUUUCUACCCAACAGAAGAAGAAUUAUUGAGUUUUUACCUUCGCAACAAGCUCAACAGCAGGAGAGAGGACAUGGAACGAGUCAUCCCCGUCGCCGAUGUGUACUGCUUCGAUCCAUGGCAGCUCCCUCAGAUUUCAGGAGAGCCAUGCAUUCGAGACUCCGAGCAAUGGUUCUUCUUCUGCCCAAGGCAAGAGAGGGAAGCUCAUGGGGGUAGACCGACUCGAACCACACCUUCCGGGUACUGGAAGGCCACCGGCUCCCCUAGCCUCGUCUACUCCUCCGCCAACCGUGUCAUCGGUGUGAAGAAGACCAUGGUCUUUUACCAAGGAAGAGCUCCCACAGGAACCAAAACCAUAUGGAAGAUGAACGAGUAUCGGGCAUUUAAAGAAGAUGCAGCCACCACUAUGUCAACUGAAAUAUCAAAGCAACGAGGCGAAUUUAGCUUGUGUCGAGUCUAUACAAGAUCGGAGAUCAUCAGAGCAUUCGAUCGGCGUCCUCCCGUCGCGAUUACAGCAAGCGAGAGUCGAAGAACGCCUGAAGCGUUGCCCUCCAUGGAGACAAGAUUCAUGGCCAAGAGAGCCAGGUCUGAGGGUAGCUCCUCGCCCGAAGACGAUGUCUGCAGCCGCCCGAUGCAUCAUCGAAGAACCAAUGAUCCCAACGGAAUUGAGGACAAUGGUUGGGACUUGUUGGAUUGGGCUUGAAGAGAGAGAGAGAGAGAGUUCAAGCUCUCUCUCUCUCUCCCUCCAUAAUUAAUUUAUUUUUUUAUUGAUUAAUUCAAAAAAUAGAUAUUGAUUUCUUAUAACUUGGCAUCACUAAUUAUAAGGAGAGAAAGGGUAGGAAAAAAGAAUAUGAAAAAGAGAAGGAAAAAAAAAGUUUGAAGAGGAGAGAUAUAUAAUGCUUAGAGCAACUCUAGUCGUAUGGCCGACAGGCCAAACUUGGGUUUGAUUAGUUUUCUUCUAUUGACUAAUGGUGGAAUUAUUCGGCACCGCGUUCAUCUCAUCGUCAUCAGUCAAUCGUCACCCAUGACGCGUUUCAAAGUGUCAAGUUGCUUUCACCUAUUUGUAUGGAUCUCAUGGAGUAAAAUUCCACCUCGUCAAGUGGUACAUCACACAGGGUGGCGAGACAAAAGCUCGUUUCAAGUGGGUGAAUGAGCCAUGAGCAACUGGGGUCAUGCAAGCCUUGGGCUUGAACAGUUUAUGAUUUGGACUCGCAGGAGCAAAUCGGGCCCCAAGAGCUCAACCAAAGUCUAUAAGGAUUUGGGAAACCCCGGCCCAAAGAGCUUGAACAGUUUAUCAUAAAGCCACACACUAUUUCACUUACUCUCUCUCCUCUCUCUUAAAGCUAAGCCCCAAGGGGGGGGGGGGGCUAUGGAGGAGAACAGAGCAAGAGCAGUAGCCUGUUAGAACAGCAGUAAAUUCAUGUAUCAGCCUGUUAUUUUAAUAAUUUGAUUUUUCAAAACUUUGGAGAACUUUUGGAAAUUAUUUUCAAAUGUUAACGUAGCUCUAAUUUGUUGAAACUUUGCUGAUUGUUAUUUUGUCAAGAAUGUAAAUUAUGCUUCUUUCAAUUCAUGUAUUCAACUUUGGGGGGUUUUAGAUGCUAAAGCAUCCUUGUAUAUAAAGCGAUUAGAUGACCUAAUUGUGGGUAUCUACAAAAUGAGUAAUAUGUUACACUUUGUAGUAUUUAUUGAAAUUAUUUGUAAAAUAUUCUAUAUUCAAUGUUAUGCAAAUUUUUAGUAUGAU